AUGAAAUAUUUAUUAAUUUUAUCAACUUUAAUAGUAUUAGGGUCGUCUUUGUCAACAUAGCUAUCAUAAAAGCCAACUUGCUUUUUAGUUAAUUCACCUGAAGAAAAUUCACAUUUAACAGUUAAUUAUAUUGUAUCAGGGUUAGAUGAAAAUUAGACAGAUGUCUUUAUUAAAAAAAAAGAUGGAGAAAUACUAAUAAAAGUUUAAAAUACAAAGGAUGGAAGGAUUAGAGAAUUAUUAAAAGAUAAAGAUAAUUAUUAUGUUUGCUUUUAAAGUAGAGAUUAGAGUUAUAAAAUGGUGAGUUUUGACUUUGAUAUUGAAGGAGUUGAUAAAGAAUAUGCAUAAUCUGAAUAAUUUGAAUUAAUGUCAAAAGAGUUAUAGAAAACAUAGAAGAAUUUCUAAAAUAUUUAUAGAAAUUAACAUUGGAUAUCUGAUAGAGAGAAUGCACAUGCAAUAAUAUUGGAUUAGACAGAGAAAUCAGUUUAAUGGUGUGCAGUUAUUAAAGUUGGAGUACUUAUUGUAAUCAGUUUAUCAUAAAUAUAUAUUGUUUAUAAUUAUUUUAAAGAUAAGGAUUUAAGUGGAUAAGUAUGA